UUCUUGUUGGAGCAGAAGUGGGUCUUGAGAAGGGAAAUGGAAGCCACAUGCCUGAUGUGACCAUGGUGAAUCAGCAAAUGCUUGUUUAGAAUCUGGAUUCUUUCCUUUUAAAAUAAGAAGAAAAAUGCCUUCCCUGUGUGGUAAAGUGCAGACCGUGUUGGGCCUUGUGGAGCCAAGUCAGCUUGGCUGCACCAUGACCCAUGAACACUUGACAAUGAACUACAGCUGCUGUUAUGUCCCGCCUUCUUCAGGCCAAGAAGCUUUGUCUGAUGGGCCCAUUGAGAUGAAGAACUUGUUUUGGAUUAAACAGAAUCCCUACAGCCAUAAAGAGAACCUUCUUCUGUAUCAGGAAACAGAUGCUGUAAAGGAAGAGCUAUUACAUUAUAAGGCAGCAGGUGGUGGGACUAUAGUGGAAAACACAACCAUGGGUAUCAGCCGAGAUGUAAAGACUUUAAAGAAGCUUGCUGAGGAAACCGGGGUCCACAUUAUUGCCGGUGCUGGGUUUUAUGUGCAUGCCACUCAUUCUUCCGAGACACAAGCUAUGUCAGUGGAGCAGCUUACAGACGUUAUCGUCAACGAGAUACUCAGUGGAGCUGAUGGAACCAACAUCAAGUGUGGUGUUGUAGGAGAAAUUGGCUGCUCAUGGCCUCUGACUGAGAGUGAAAACAAAGUACUGCAGGCAACAGCCCAUGCUCAGUCACAGCUGGGCUGCCCCAUUAUAAUCCAUCCUGGCAGGAAUAGUGAUGCCCCUUUCCAGAUUAUUCGCAUUCUGCAGGAGACUGGGGCUGAUAUCUCAAAAACAGUCAUGUCUCACCUUGACAGGACUAUAUUUGAUGAGAAGAAACUGCUGGAGUUCGCUAAACUUGGAUGCUACUUAGAGUAUGACCUCUUUGGUACAGAAUUGCUUCAUUACCACUUCCAUCCCGAUAUUGAUAUGCCAAGUGACAAUGAAAGAAUUGCAAGGAUUCGGAUGUUAAUUGACGAAGGCUAUGAAGACAGAAUUGUAAUUGCUCAUGAUGUGCACACUAAGAAUCGAUUGAUGAAAUAUGGAGGUCAUGGAUAUUCACAUAUCCUCAAAAACAUUGUUCCUAAAUUGCUAAUAAGAGGCAUACCCCAAACUAUAAUUGAUAAGAUAUUGAUCGAGAACCCAAAACAGUGGCUGACUUUUAAAUAGGGCUCAUGAUUAGAUAUUCACAUCUUGUAUGUGAAGCUUGCUGAGAAAAGUCAGAUUUGUUUCAAUAGAAUGGUCAUUUUAAAGCUAGGUUCUUUUGAGGAAAACUUGUGUGAUGUUCAUAAGACCCCCAAAGAGCAGGUAAUCACUUCCCUUUUUAAUUAGAACAAAAAAUAUUGUGUAUUAUCUCUCCAUCUGAUUACCUCUAAUAAUCUGGUCCUGAAUGAGUUAUUUGUUUUGAGCACAACUACAGAAUCUUUCCAAGUAAAUAUUGAAAUAACUGCUUCCAAAGAGCAGAUUUAAUACUAAAGUUAGUUAUCAUUCAGGAUUAUUAUUUUUUUAAAGAUGCAUCAGCUUAACUACUUGAGGAAAUUUAAAAUGUUUCCAGUUAAAUAGCCCCUUCUGGAGCGAUUUGAUGUUCCUUGUAAUAUUGAUGAUCCUGUUAAUUAUCCUGCUGUUCUUUAAUUAAUGCUUGAAAAAGAAUAUGGCAUUUUUAAAUAGCUACUGUAGAAAACAGAAUAACAGAAGGAAGACAACGUGAUUUCAAAAAAGGUACUGUAUCUCUCAUGAUUAACAACUUGUAGAGAUUAUUUUUAAAUGAAAAUAUAAAAGAAUACAUGGAAAAUAUAUUUUUAAUAAAGCAAUUUGUAGACCACUAACAACUUUAUGUUUUAGAAGUCUUUUUUUUUAAUUAUGUUAAAUUUUGAGUUGAACUUUUGGAAACUUGCAAGUGAAAAUAUGAAAUGUCAUGCAAAUCAGCUUGAUGUUGAAAAGAUGAAAAUCCACAAGGCCAAAUAUAUUACAUAAUACAAUUUAAUGAGUUGUUACAAUUAUAACAAAGGCCAUGAUUUAAUCAGUUUACAAAUCAGUUUGUCAAGAUGUGAUUCAAAAAAGAAAUGUUUGCCUUAUAUAUGUUUUUCAUUUAAAUAUUUGUUCUUUCCUCUAGACCAAAACAGGGGUAAAUAUUUAUUUAUCCAAAGAAAAGAUUGUGUGUUAGCAAUGCCAAUCUCAUUUCAACAGCUUAUUCUUUCACAUGUCCAGCUUUUGAUGUCCUGUGGCAAUGAAGUAUUCCUGGUCACUUCUUGGUGAAUGUGCAUUGCUAGUUAUAAAUGAUUUUUUGCUUGAAACCUUGUUAUUUAAUACCUACAUGAGAAAUCUCCAAGGCUUUGCUGCCAACCACUCUGUAGCGGUGGU